AACCAACCAACCAAGGGCGCCAAAAGGGGCUGCGGGCGUAUAUAUAUAAGUAUACACUUCUGUAGUGUAUAGCUCCCUCUCUCUACCUGCCGCCCCUCCCCAUCUCCGCUCGACUGGCGCCGCCUUGCUGCUGCUCGCUGUGUGACGGCAACACGCUUCCCUCCUCCCACGCGCUGCAGCCAAGAGAAAAGGCCCGUCGAAGUUUCCCUACUUCUCUACCCGCCCCGCCCCGCCCCGACAGCCCGCCCGCCCGUGCGUGUAUGCCUCUACACUUGUGUUGACUGACGUACGAGGCUCCGCUGAGUGGUGCCUGAGGUGAGCCCCGCCCGCACUGCUCCAGCCCCGCCCCUCCCCGGCCGGCACACGAGAGAGAGAGAGAUGGCGCAGAGGACGUCCGUGCCGGCGCCUUCCUGGCUGACGUGGCCCGAGGAGGACACGAGCAAGAAGAACUUCAUCGACGUCAUCGAGGGCCGCCUCAUCAGCGACGGCCUCCCCACCAUCCGCAGCAACCCCGACUCGCCACUCACAACCUUCGACGACGAGCGGUCCACUGACCCCGUUGUCGUCAGCACCUCGCCCCGCGGCAAGGCCGAUGACGCCGGGCAGCUGCUCGAGUACGAGACCAUCAUCAGGAACAUCCUGCGGCUGUUCCGCACCCCGGGGUCGUCGAGCGGUCGUGUGGGUGGGUCGCCGACGGUGUUUGAGGAGAUGGUGCACAAGUUUCGGUUUCAGGAGGACAACUAUUUGAACCAGUACGAGGACGUCGUCUACACCCUCAUCUCAAUCGCCCUCCGGGACUACCCCCCCACCAACGAGGUACCCAACGCACUCAAUGACCGAUGGAUGACCACGUUGGUGGUGGGUGGCUGCGAAAUGGUCUGUCUGUCUGUCUGUCUGUCGUGUGUGGGUGCGAUGACUGACUUGACAUAAUGGCAGACGACGCGUGCGAUGCGCGACAGGGGGUUCAGUCGUCUGGAGGAGUACGCCCUCUACCGCUACCACUGGAAGCUCUUCAAGAACUACCGCAGGUGGUGCCAGUACGUCAACAUCAAGCCAUUCCCAUGGGGAGAGAACAAGGCCAAGGCCGGCAAGGGACUCACAGGCGCCGUCGCUGCGUUCGAGAAAGACAAGGAGAAGCAGAGGAAGAACCCAAAGACACUUUUGCGUAAGAAAGACAGAAGAGACGCACACAGGAGUCAUCAUUGCACGUGGUAGACGUGUUUGUGUGCCAUUCAUUCAGAGCUGAUGGCCCGAGAGAUAGCGUUGUGGAAGUUGAUGUGGGGCGAGUCGGCGAAUCUGCGCCACUGCCCGGAGAUGCUGCUGUUCAUCUUCCACUGGAUGGUCAAGAGCUGGGACGACGUCGACCCCGCCACCCUGCCCACAUUCAUCGAGACCAUCACGCCCGUCAUCAACGAGUUCUGGGAGGAAAUGCGGUAGGUAACCGCGUGGGCCGGCCGCAGUGACCACAUACACACCCACACACGUCGCAUAUCUGUGUGUGUGUGUGUGUCUAUAUGUGUGUGUGUCUAUUAGGCGUGCUCAAGGCGACCACCCCGUCAAGAUGAACUACGAGGACUUCAACGAAAUAUUUCACAAGGCCCCGGUGGUGCAGGAGUAUCUGGGGGUGGCGGGGAAGCCCGGCACGGGCGGCGUCUGGCAGGGCAACAUCAUCAGGCUCAUCAAGGCCGAGUCGCAGACGCAUCAGCUCGUCAAGCUGCACCCACCCAAGGGAAGGAAGAAGACGUUCGUCGAGCAGAGGAGCUACCUGCACGUGAGCCGAAUCGGACGCAGAGGCCAGCCAGCGGCCAGUCAGUCGUGCUGACGUGACAUACGGUAUGUGUGUACGUGUGUGGUGUGUCCCCAUCGUACAGUUCUUCCGCACUUGGUGGCGGUUCUACCACUUCCACCUGGUCAGUCUGCUCAUCAUCCUCACACUGGGAGCUCGCGCGAGAGGUAACGAUCUUAAGAUAACUGACUGACCCACAUAGGCAUCCAUGGUGUGGACAGACAGGGAUAUAUAAUGUUCCUUGGCUUCUCUCCGUCUGUCUGUGAUGUGACACCAGGUUGGGACUGGCAAGGCUGGUGGGGCACUGUGGCGGUCGGCUCGUCUGCGGGGAGCGCCGUGCGGGAGAUGCUGGACCUCUUCUUCUACUGGAUGGCCCCCGUCCCCCUUCUGCAGCGGCUGCUUGACGCACAAGAGGGCAUGCAGAGAAUGAGCUGGUCAGCCAGUGCCCUAGUGCCCUCCUCGUGGUGUGAUGUGAUGCCUCUGAUCUCAUCCACCCGUUGUGUGUGGUGUUCGUGUGCAGGUGGGCUCGUCAAGGCAUGGCUGGCCUGCGGUGGGGCUUCUUCCUGGCCGCCGCGUAUGUCAGCCACACCAGCCCGAGCGGCCUGGCGGACCCUUUGCUGCAGCCGCAAGGCUACAUCGGCGGCGGCUACAUGGCCUUCUACCUCCUGCACGGCCUGUCCUACUUCCUGGUGCGGGCGAGGAAGGCCUUCCCGUGGUGGCGGAGGAGCCCGCCGACCUGGAGCUCUCACGCGACCUUCUCGGGCAACGCGACUAUGCUAAGCGACGAAUACAAACACAUGGUGAGGGAGGGAGGGAGGGAGGAGCCAGAUUCGUUGAAGAUGGAUGGCUCUUACUUGUGGGUGUGUGUGUGUGUGUGUGCAGAUGGCGUAUGCGUUGUUCUGGGGGCCGAUAAUCUCGUUCAAGCUGUGGAUGGGGUACUACUUCUUCGGCAACGCCUUCCUCGAUUACCUCGAGUUCAUCGACGCCACCGUUGGACAGCCCCUCAAGUACACACAACACACACACACACACACACACACACAUAACAUAAACACGACGGUGCGAUCGAUGCACUUGUGUGUGUGUGUGUGUGUGUGUGUGUGUCGGUGUGUCUGUGUCUGUGUGACCAAUGGCCACAUCACACAGGUUUGAUUUCCUGUGGUUUUCCUUCGAUGACAAUCGGAAGGUGACGCUCUACUUCUUCUGGGUCGCGCCGUUCUUCGUGCUCUACUUCUACGACAUCAUGGUAUGGUGUGCGCACACACAUUCACCGCACCCCACCGCACCCCACCCAGAAGGAGCACACAGACGCACUCCGUCUCUGUUUGUACGCGCCUGUGUCUUCUCUCUCUCUGUGGUCACCCACCAUUCAGUUUUACUUCUCGGUGUUCCAAUCUGGCGUCAGCUGGCUCAUCGGAUGGUUCAGAGGGGUAUGUGUUUAUUCCACAAAUCUGGCGACCGUCCAUCCAUCCAUCCGCUGUGUGUCAGAUUGGCUUCAUCACUGACCUCUCGGUCAUCCAGAAGGUCUUCCCUCUACUACCAAUCCAGGUGGGCACCACCCGCCCUCCCACCCACCCACACACACCACCAAGACCACGAAGACUGACACAUGUGUGUGUGUCCUGGCCUGCUUUGCUCGCUGCAGUACGACCGUGUGUUGUCUGACGAUGCCGGCGGGUCGAUGCGGCAGCUCAAGCUGCCGACCUCCGCCUCGCCCAACAUAUCUGGGUGCGGCAUCGACUGGCUGCUGCAGCUCACCGCCCGCUACCUUUGCUGCGGACUCUACUCACGCAAGUCACGGUCCAAAGUCAAACCCAAAUCAUACUUCAGGUCAGCCCUAUCUGGGAGAGAGGCAUCCGUCCAUUCCAUUCAACGAGUGUGUGUUGUGUGUACGUCAGGUCUCAUUCUCGGCCGAACUACGCCCUCCCCCUGCGCAAUACCUCCCGCAGCAGCAGCCGGCAGCCCACCAAGAGCCGGCAGCCGACAGACUCGUCCAACACCACCGAGGGCCUCAAGAGGAAACCCAGCCAGUCGUUCGUCCCCCACUCCCGAGACGACGACAGCCUCACCAACGUGCUCAUCCGAUACAUACCCGUCUCGCCGCGGGCGGACCCCCCGGCCCAGGGCAGCUCCACCGCCCCACGCAGAGGCCUGCAGCUGCUCGGCGCACGGACCCCUAGGCAGCAGGAGACGUCAUCCUCCCCGUCCACCGCCCCAGGAUCGCCGCACACCGUCCCCAGCGACCGAUCGCAGGAGAGCGGGGCCAAGAAGACACUCACGCCGGGGGCGGUCGACACCGAGAAGGGCUUGGCCAAGGAGAAGAGGGGAAGUGGGUCGACGACGGGUGCGGGUGGUGGUGGGGGGAAGGACGACGUGUCUGGUGGCAAGAGGGGCGGCAAGAAGGACGGCGAGGGCCGCGGGUGGGUGUCCUGGUGGAUACGCGAGAUAUCGGCCGUGUACGACAACGCCAUUCCACCUGAGACGGUCGAGAACCAAAUCAGGAGGUGCGCAUGCGUCCCCACCGCACACACAUCAUGAUGGAUGCUGUGGGUGGGUUGUCCACUCUCAACCAUUUCUCUCUCUCUGCCUGCCUGCCAUCCAUCCAUCCAUCAGGUUUGGCUUUCUGUGGAAUGAGGUGGUUGAGUCCUGGCGAGAGGAGGACCUCAUCGACAACGCCGAGCGGUGCAAGCUGCAGUUCAACGAGCUGCCCGCGAUCCACUUCAAAGACCUCAAGGCAAGAACACAACACAGAGAGGGAGGGAGGGAGAGAGGGAGGCCACACAAAACAAGUCAACACCCGCACACACCCUCCCCUCCGUGUUUGUCCUGUCCGCCUGCGUAUAGGAUUUGAAUAUGGCGUGUUGCGACGGCGAGGGCAACUCCAACGGCAGCGUGAGUGUGUCCUGGGACGGCUCGGACAUCCGCCACCCGGUGUGGGUGUACUGCGACGUCCUCAAGAGCUUCACCAGAGAAUGCGAAGCGCACCAGACGCACAUCAACGAGAUAUGGGAAGGCCUGCGGGUCAGCCACCAACCACCCCCACCCUCCACCCCUCCCACACACACACGCGGCUCGUAUCGUACUGGGUGUGGCCACAUCAGGACCACUAUCGCUCGAGCAACGACUCGCAUCAGUACCUGCAGGAGGUGCUGAAGCUGCCGCCCUCAGUGGCCACUCGGGGGCGUUGGUCAGCGGUGGGUGUCAAGCAGCGUGCCAAGGCGUCGCUCCACCAGACUGGCAAGGACUUCAUCACCAAACUUUUUGGCAACUCGAGGGCCACCGUGGCCGACCCCCGAGCCGACAGCCACCAAUUUUUGCUCCGCACGGCGCUCCUCGAGAUCUACGAGGCACUGUGUCUCUACCUCACACGAUUCUUCCCCGGCGGCAGCAACCUCGCGCUUCGUCUCAGCUCGCUUGUGCAGCGGGUCAGUCAGGCCGCACACACAUGCACUGCACAGCCAUCUGGACCGCCUCGCCGACCCAUCGAUGUGCCCUUCUCCGUGUGUGUGUUGAUCGAUCAGGUGACCCGUCGUCCUUUUUGUCUGUCCCUGCUCAACCUGGCGGCCAUCAAGGACCUCCAGACCACUUUGGCGGCCGUCUUCGCGGCGGCUCAGGGCGACAAUGCGGCCAAGCUUGAGGAGAACGGCGUCAAGCUGCUCAAGGCCCUGCAGAAGGUGGCCCUGCCGGCCCUCCUGCAGACACGCGGCUCGUCCGUGCUGUCCUCCAAGGGCAUGGCGCAGCACUUCCCAGAGCUGGUGGAGUUCCUCGAGGCUGUGGGCGAGACACUUGCCGUCAGGCAGUCCUUCAAAUCGUAAGCCAGCCACCUUUCUGUGCUGUGACACCCACCGUAGUUACCAAGACGCUGCCUGCCCUGCAUUGGCUUGCGGCGUGUCAUGGUCUCCCUCAGGGUGGUCAAUGCCUCCGAUCCUGACGCUACGGGUCACUCGGACGUGGGCGGCGUGAGCGAGGCCGAGACAGAGCUGGCCGUGGCCAACCUGAUGGAGCGACUGCAGGUAGUCGAGCCGCCCUCACCCGAGGGCCCCCUAACGCCCCGCAUGUCAUCGGUGGCCCGGCGGCCUAGCAACAGCAUCACCAGCAGCAGACAUGGAGGAGACGACGACACGCCCACAUCCAGCUACUCUCAGCUCACAGCCAGGUCCGUUGUGCGCGACCCACGGGGCCCCCCCACGCCGCAGCCACAGAGGAGGGGCGUGCGGCCUCCGUUGCCGGUGUCCAAGCUGAGCGGAUUCGCCGAAGACGCUGAGCUUGCGUGGAUUGACACGGCUGCCGAGGCGGGAUAUUGCGACAAGCUGUGGCGGCUGGAGGAGCUGCAGGAGGGUGUGCGUCUGAACCAUCCGCUGAGUCUGUCUGAGGCGCUGAAGCCGUUCUUCCGCCGGGCCAGCCGCAUCCUCACUGCCCAGGGGCACGUUCUCAAGACGGGCCUCGCUCAGGCUAGGUAGGUGUGAAGAUAGAUUGGCCAGUGACUGACUGACUGACUGACACGGAGACACCAUCAAAGCCCUCUUCUCUCUGUGUGGUCAUCACAUCCGUGUUGUGUGUAUGUGUGUGUUUUGUGUGUGUGUAGGUUGAAGUAUUUCUCGAGCUCGCUGUUCAUGGAGAUGCCCGAGGCGCCCAGCGUGCAGCGGAUGGUGUCCAUGUGCACCUUCACACCCACAUACACGGAAGACGCCAUGCUCGACUCAACCGUGAUCAACACACACACACACACACACCCUCUCCCCCCGACCCGCCAAGCGCACUACUAGAUGCCUUUCUCUGUGUCUGUCCGUGAGCAGAUCCUGAACGAGAAGACCAUGGAGGGCGUGCGCCAGUUCGACUUCAUCCGCACCAUGUACAGCCACGAGUGGGCCAACUUCCUGGAGCGAAUGGACCCACAGGGCGUGCGCUACGAGUGGUACCAACACAGCCAGACACACAAGGGGGUACUCAGCAAAAACAUCAACGACAUGGCGGCUAAGUAAGUGUAGUGGGGGAGCUGAGCUGAGCUGUCGACGACACGACCAUCGUGGGGCCUGCAAAACAAAAUGGGUGUUGGGGUGGUGUGUGUGUGUGUGUGUGUGCGUGUGUGUUUAGGUUCGAGAAGGACAUAGAGGAGUGGGCGUCUGACCGGUCUCAGACGCUGUGGCGCACCCUGAGGUCCGUCAUGUACUACGAGCAGGCCUGCAGGAUGCUGGUCAGUCAGUCAGUCAGUCAGCACAGUAAAACCCACCCCCCCAGCCAACACAGCACAGCACAGCGCACAUCCCCUCCCUCUGUGUGUGUGCUUGGAUUGGAUUGGAUUGUGGUUUAAACAAACGUUCAGGCGUGGAUGGAGUUGCAGGAGCAGCGAGGCGAGGCGGUGCACCUGUGCCACGACCGCAACAUGCUCUCCUUCGAGCAGAACGAGCGGCUCAACUGGCAGAAGGUCCCCAUUCAGCCCGACAGCCCCAAGAAACUCCAAGGUGACUGACGCCACUCCAACUGCCUCAGGGGGCCUAUCCAUUUAUCAGCUCGGUCUCUCUCUCUCUCUCUCUGUGUGUGUGUGUGUGUGUGUCGUGUGUGUAUCUAAAGUGUUCCUGCGUCACUGGGAGCGGUGUCGGUCUCGCAAGAGAGUCCUCGACUUCAGACCCUACGACAACGACCCCGUCGCAAAGGUGAGCACAGUGCUGUCUGCCCCUGACCCUCGUCCGUUGAUUCAUCUUCCUGUGCAUCUCUCUCUCUCGACAGGCCCUGGCGACUCUCCGCUACCACUACGUGCUCACCGCCCAGACACUCGGCGAUGACAUGAAAGCGCCGCCGAGCAACCGUGUGGCCAGCCUGCGUGUCCGCUGCAUCACCGAGAUGUGCAAGCGCUUCCCCAACCUGCGUGUGGCGGCCAUCGAGAGCUGCGACGUCACUUUGCCCGGCUCCGGGCCCCCAUCCUCAUCGACGGAGUUGGUCAAGUGGUCGCCGAGCAAGGAGACCUCGCCGCCCCCGCCCGGCAAGACCAAGACGGUUCGGUGCUCCGUCUUGUACAAGUGGGACGUCAGCCAGCAGCGGCUGGUGCGGGUGUAUAGGAUCGUGCUGGGGCUGCUCGAGGGCACAUCGGGGGCCAAGUGAGUAGCGAGACAGACGACACUCAUUGAAUCGACCACAUGGAUGGAUUGACACAUGGGAUGGGUGGUUGUGUGUGGUGUGUGCAGGAAUCCCAUUGUGGGAGAGGGCAAGAGCGAGAAUCAGAACCAUGCUGUCAUCUUCACACGGGGCGAGACCGUCCAGGCCAUCGACAUGAACCAGGAGAUGUACCUCGAGGAGGCACUCAAGCUGCGCAACCUCCUGCAGGAGUUCGCAAAGGACUCCAACAUGGCCAUCGUCGGCUUCCGCGAGCACGCCUUCCUCCCGGCCGCUGUGGCGCCCUCGUACCUGUCCAACAUCUCGCAGACCCUCUUCACGGCAUUCGACGCGCGCGCCUUCCACAUGCCGAUGCGUGUGCGGUUCCACUACGGCCACCCUGACGUGUUGGACAGGUACCUGGUGCAGACGAUCGGCGGCAUGAGCAGGGGCAGCGCCAUUAUCAACGUCACGGAAGACGUCUACUGCGGCAUGAACUACGUGCAGAGGGGGUACUCGGUUUCACAGGUCGACUACAUCAUGGUAAGGAGAGAAGAGACACCCACCCAACAGCACCACCACACAUGGAUUGGAUGCCCCCUCGCCCCCUCUUUGUCUGAGUGCAGUGCUCGAAGGGCUGGCCGAACGACCUGGACCAAGUGGUUGCGUUCAUGCGCAAGAUCUCGUGCGGGCUGUGCGAGGCGCAGGUGGCCAGCCGCGACGCCUACAGGAUGGCCUACGGGUUCGACUUCUUCCGCAUGCUGUCGCUGUUCGCCGUCUUCCCGGGGUGGAACAUCCUCAACCCACUGGCACUCUUCGCCAUCUGGCUCUUCUGCUACGGAAGGCUCUUCCUGCACGCCUUCAUCGGUGAGGGGGGGGACAGACAGACAGACAGACAGGGAGGGAGCUGAAGAGGGCGAGAGGGGGCCAUGUGGUGUGUGUGUGUUUGUAUGUGUAUUGUGUUGUGUGUGACUCAGCUGCUAUCCCUGACGAGAUCCGGCCUCUGGUGGUUGGGAUGGACAGUGCUUUGGUGACCAUCAUGGACAGGAUAUGGCUCAUCCUACUUGGGCUCUUCUACAUGAGGUAGGUGAGAUGGGCCAGGCCAGGCCAGGCCACCGGUGCACUGCAGUGAGUGCGGAGGGAGUGUGUUGCCCAUCUGUCCACCAUGCCUGUGUGUGGUUGGUGUGGUGUGGUGUGUCAACAACGGCUGCAGGUUCUUUGCUGUGGUUGCUUUGGAGGAGGGUCUCGGCGAGGGCUUCAAGCACAUGUGGCAGCACGUCCGAUCGCUCUCACUGCUCCACUACACCUUCUCCGGUAUGCAUGCCUCCUCGCUCGCCCGCACGCACGUAUCACCACACUCACACACACACGAGACAGACGACUUCGAUCGAUGUCAGUUGGGACAUGGACGAGUGGUUUUGACGAGACGAUCCUGUUUGGUCGCGCCAAGUACCAGAAUGCUGGUCGCGGGUUCAGCAUCAACCACAAGGACCUCAUCCACCUGUGGAAGUCAUACUUCUACUCCCACUUCCAAGUCGCUAUCGAGCUGCUCCUGCUGCUCUUCUACCUACACGUAAGCUGCGCUGCCCAAGCUGCCCUCCAGCCAUCCACCCGUCCGGCCUGCAUUGCAAGCAAUGGCGUCUAUCACAUCACGUCUCGUGUGUGUCCGCGUGUGUUGUGUUGUGUUGUGUGUGCAGUUUCUGCAGGACAUGCAUCCUGUGAUCGGGAUGCACGUGUGGUGGCUGUGGUUUGUGGUGGUGUCGUUCCUGUACGUGCCGCACCUCUACAACCCCAUGGGCCUCUCCUGGGGCCACCUCAUCUCAGACUUCAGCGCUUGGCAAAACUGGAUCAGAUCAAAGGUAGGUAGAGAGGUAGCUGGGUAGGUACCUACCUAACCGAACGCGCCAAAGCGGCAUCCAUCCAUCCAUGUGUGUGUGUGUGUGUGUGUGUGUGUGUAUUGUGUGUGUCAGAACAAGCAUGACCCCAACGAGAGCUGGUACGCCUGGUGGCGCGCACAGAUGGAGUUCCGCAACGGCGCCGCCCCAUUCAACAAGGUCGUCAUCUUCAUACGACAGUGGAGAUUCAUGCUCCUGGGGCUCUGCUUCGCCGAGGCCGCACACUGGUACGGUACACACACAGCAGAGAGGCCAUCCCUGCAGGGCCUGCAGAGACCACCGCUGUGCUGUGCUGUGCUGUGCUGUGCCGUGUGUGUAGGGAGUGGCACCACAUUCUGGCGUCGCCGAGCAUGAUCCAGGGCAAGCUGACGGUGCCGACGUGGGAGGGGGCGUGGGAGAUGGUGCAGCAGAGCCCCCUGCUGGCCCCAGUCAUCUUCGUGAUCCUGCUGAUAGUCUCCAUGGCACUCUCCACUCACAACCGGGACCACCACCCCAAGUUCUACAAUCCCAAAGACACACGCGUACGCUGCUCACCCACCCAAGCCCGCCACACCACACACACUCACCUCUCUCUCUCUCUCUCUCUCUCUGGCACACCUGCAGCAUGGUCUGAUGUCAUUGAUGUCGAGCACGGCCAAUCGUCUGGUCUCCCUGAUCGUGCGUGUGGUUUGUCUUGUCCUGGUGGGGCUGUUCCUCUACUUCCUCAUUGGCGGUGAGGGCCACGGCCUGGCCUUCGGCACCGUCGUCGGCGGCAUGGUGGCCUGCCUGCUCGCCUUCUUCUGUGUGGCCAACCUGCUGGCCGAGUGCUUCGGCGUCCUCGAGUGGCCGGUGGUCGUCGAGACCAUCCGGCUGUGGCACUUUGUGCUGGGCAUCGCGGGCACCAGCCCGCUCAUCGCACUCGCCGCCCUCAAGUACCUAUUCAACAGCAGCGAGCUGCAGAUGUACUACCUCCUCAACUCGUACGGCGUCCGGCGGUCGCUGCUGCACAUGGGGCACGUCGGCAAGAUGCUGCACAAGAUCCGCAGGGAGCAGAAACACCCAUACGCCUACAACAGUAAGACGCAGGGCACGACGGCCAGGAGGGGCGGGCCUGGGCAGCAGGCCGCACUGCCUGACCAUGACGAUCACGACGCCAUUGCCGACCACCAGCAGAGGGGGGCGGCUGACGAGCAGGGGGGCACUCUGCCUGCUUUUGGGAAGCAGCUGUAGAUGGGACAGAGAGAGACACAGAGAGAGAGAGAGAUGGGGAGAGGGCGCGGCGCCCUCUGUGUGCGUGUCUUCUGUCUUUCUGUGCGAGUGGCUGCCGUGGUUCACUUUCUUUUUUUUCCCACGAGAGUCUGGCCGACUGUCUCUGCUGCGCCUUUUUGCGCCAUCCUUCUUUCCGCUUCUCAUGCAUGUGACAUAUGUGAUGUAAUGAGUGCGUUGAUUGCGUGCCUCCUUCGUACCGACGGCAGGGCAAUGCGUUCGAUGGAUGCUGCCACGAAGUUUCGGCCAUGCCGCCCUCCGCCACGCCGCGCCACGCCAGGCCGCCCCUACCACCACCACACAGAUAGACAGACAGAGCCGCGCUGCCGCAUUUCGCAUUUGUUGAUGAUGAUAGCAAGGCGUGCAUCCUUCCCUCCUUGCACGUGUCGAUAGCAACCUGCAUGCGGCUGGCCGAGCGAGGGAGCGAGGGAGCGAUUCGUCGACAGGCCGGCGGGCGUACGUGCGGGUGGCAGGGCCAACACACGAGCAGAGCAGAGCCGAGAGAGGGGCGGUGUUUUUCUUGGUGCCGUUCAGUCGGUCUGUCGGUCGGUCGGUCGGUCGGCCGGGGGCAGCGUGUCGUGUGUCCAUGCACGUGUAGUGUGUGUUGUGUGUGAUGUGUCUGUAUCUAUGUCUUCCGGCUAGCCUAGCUCUACACUUUGUGAUUGACCCUGUGGCGUGGCGUGUUCGGUUCGGGCAGCAGUAGGGGAGCGAGGGAGGGAGUGAGACAUGACAUGACAUGACCAUACCAUCCAUACCAUGAUGCCGCCCAUGUCUCAAUGGCGUUCAUGAUGCACACACACAUACAGAGGGGCUGCGUGGAUGGAUCGAUGGAUGGAUGGGCCUGCGUGUGUGUGUGUGCCCGUGUAAUCUUUCAAUCCGUGUUGGUCAGCUGCUCUCUCCAUGCCAUGCAUGCCGUGUGCAUGUGCGUGGCGUUAAGACAUCGUUCUACUACCACCUCCUUCGUUGCACUACUCACAGACAGAUGAGAAUAAGCUUGCCUGAUGCCAUCCAUGCAUGUGUGUGUGCGGGUGGGUGGGCACCAUGAGGGUUUUGUGUGUUUGAAAUAUUAUUUUUGUUCAUUGCGUACCUAUUAUAGCCACCACACCCAAGGAAUAGCUGCUGCUGUUAUGGUCAUGACCAACACACACACACACGCACGCACGCACCCACGCAGCGACGACCAGGACACAAUUCAUUCAUUCAGUCAGUAUAUAUUCGUUCGUCGGCCAACCGAUCGCACGCACGCACGGUCCUCUCUUUAUGCACACGCACAUGCAAAGGCAGACGAGGUGCAGACAGACAGACAGACAGAGAGACAGAGAGACGAAGAUGGAUCAAUUCAAUUCAAUUCGCCAGCCAUUUGUUAACGAGCGCCAUCCAUAGGGUGUCGAGAUGGGAGAGGAGACACAGAGGCAGACAGACCCACAGAGAGGCCGGGAAGGGCACAGCACAGACCAGACAGAGAGAUAAAUUGUUUGUAACACGACUGACUGACUUGAGGGGGGAUGGGGAGGGCAAAGUGGCGGUAUUUCUCGUGGUGGGCUGGGUUUCUGUCUGUCUAUCUGAACACACUAAGCAUAGGAUAGCAUAGCCCUGUGCUCAUUUCCUGGAUACGUCGAAGGAUCCUAGCUCGGUUUGGUGGCCUCGAAGGAUUGGUCUCACUCUAGGUCUCGCUCCCCCUCUCAGAGUGCGUGUGUGUCCAUGUGUGUGUGUGUGUCCACAUGCGUGUGUGUGUAUGUUUGUGUGUUCCACUAUGCUACGCUAUGCUAUUCUAUGCUAUGCCAGCCCUGGCGAUGGACAUCCAUGCGUAUAUGUACGUGUUGGUUCACCCGUUCGUACCACCCUAACUAACCUACUGGCUUGCACACACACCGGUGGCUGGCUGGCUGGCUUGCUGGCUGGCUGCUGCAAUUGCAUCUCAAUGUCUGUCUGUGUUCGUGUGGGCGUGUGUGUGUGUGUGUGGUUUCUACGUAGACUCGCCGUCAGCCCAGCCACCCACCCUGCUGUCAGCCAGGCUUUCCACCCUCUGGCGGGCAGCGGGAGGGCGACAGACACGAAUCUUUGGCUGCUCUUUUUCCGUAGGCAGACUCACAGACAGACGCACACACACAGACUCUUUCUCUCGAUGCCUCUGAGGCGUAUGUAUUCUGCGUGUGCGUGUGUGUGUCGGGGGGUGGUUUCUCUGUCUGGUGCUGCAUGCCAUGGUCUGGUCGGUCCAUGAUGAAUCCCAUCGCACGUCGCUGUCUGGGGGCUUUCAUGAUUUCAGCUACGCGUGACGCGCAAACACAAGACAGACGCAAGGAAGGGAGAAAGAAAGACCGCCACGGCAGUGCUGUGCGUGCGUGUCUCGCCGAGAUUGACAGAUGCAUCACUCGAUGGAUUUGCCAGGUUUGUCC